UGUAUUAAUAUUUAAAAAUUAAUUAUGGACGAGCCAAGCGAACAAGAAAUUGACGAACUUUAAAAUUAAUACUUCCAGGAUAAGAUGUUUAGAGUUUGUGCAAAAGCUGUUAUUAAUGAUGAUGCAUAUUUUAAUAGAUUAUAUGAACCAGAAUAUUUGCAAGGUUUAGCAGAUAGAGCAAAAGACUAGAAGGAGAAGAAUGAUAUUCUUAACCAAAAGAAAAAAGUAGAGUUCAAUCAAAAUAAUGUUAAAGAAAUGUUUUAUUAAUGCUUUAAUCGAUAUUUCUAUGUUUAUGGAGUCUUAUAAUAAGUAGCCCAUGCAGAAGAUGAUUGAUAAUCA